AUUUGGCAAUGUAUACGAAUAUUUAGAUGCAGUACAGCUGUUUGUAAAUAUACAUUCUCUGAAUAGAUCACAAUGACGCAUCAAAGAUUGGCAAACUUGGUUUUUCUGGCUUUUGAAAAGUACCGUACCAAUUCUUUGGACUUGGACAGGUUUUUACGAAAAUUUAAUAGUGGAAAAAACGACGUUUACAAUUAUUUUAAUGAAAAAAUAAAGCAGUUAUCUGAGUGUAUUAUUGAAAUAUAUGUAUAUAUUUAGAUGAAACCCCCUCUGUCGACAAACUUGCCCCCCCUGAAUAAGUUUUCUAUCUACGUAAGUCACUUCAGGAUUAUAAUUCGCUAGAGUGGAAUUUUGACCUUUCAAAGGCUUCGUCAAGUGGUAAAUCAGCGGUUCGCAAAAUUCCCGAAACCAAAGAGUUGACACUUGAAAAGAAAUCAUAUGGGAAGAAUGAACACGACAGGUGAAUUUAUUUCGAUUAUUUUACUCAGUUUUAAUAACAUAAAUUUCAAUUUUAUCCACGAGAAAUAUAUUACAGACAUAAGAAAAAUUAAGGAAAGCACAACAUCAUCAUCCGCAGUGGUACCUAUUAGAAAUUUGGAGAGAGAAUUUGGUAAUUUACAGGUUGCAAAGAACGAAGGCACUAGAAGUUCAUUACAAGUGGCACGACACAGUAGCGCGGAAAAACAAAACGAACAUCGUCACUUUCAAGCCAAUUUCCUUAGAAAUUCCCAAACUUUCAGUCCAGUGUACAAUUUCUACGAAACUUACAAUCAGUCUUGGCAUUACAAUUAUACUUCACCACGUCAAUCUCAGCCUGUAAUUAACAAUAUUCUUGUGAAUGUUGAUUCUAGAUUUGGACUUGGUUGUCCUUCUUUACCUCGAGCUUCAGGGGGUUGUGGAUGCCGCCAAAUCCAGUGUGCUGAUCGUCGUUGCGGCUGUAACAAGGCAGGAUUGACGUUGUGAGGCAAGUUUAUUCCCAUCGACUUUUGUUGAUAUGUCGAAACUAUAGCAGACAUAAAAAAUGGUCGUUGAUUAUUUCAACAGAACUCCCUUGGCCCCUGAAGUACAAUAAAACAUUUCCAACUUCUUCAAAAAAUUAUAAAUUUUAUUUCGAUAAUUUUACUUUUUUUAAGAGAACCCCUACAAGUAAAAAUAAAGAUAUGUUUCUAAUGUUAAA